AUGCUAAGUAAGACUCUCCUUCUUUCAGCAUAUGAGAUAGGCGCCAGCCAGGUGCACUCACCAGCUGAGGAGGGGUUAGCUGAGAAUCUCCAACAGGAGCAGCCUGAGCCUGUCUACAUGAUUCCUGAUGGGUGUCCACGUCUUCCCAUCUCACUUCCCUUCGCUUUGCCUAAGACUCGUAGCAUUGGUUCCUGUGCAGUUACUAACUCUGCGCUUAUCUUAUCUACGCUUAGCACUGCAGCUCCAAUCGCUUUCACAUCAGAUGGCAACGCUAUGCAACCAAGCUCUGACAAGGCUAUCAUACGCCUUGAACGCAUCGAUACAUGUGACAUGACAUCCAUAACUUUGAGAGAGCGAAAUGUUCUUACUGAGCAACCUUACAAUGCUGCAGAUCUACCGUAUUAUCUACUGAUGUUAAGGGAAUUCUACAAGGCUAGCGUGCCGUGUGCCUACUCCUACACAGAUACGAGCGUCCCAGAUCGUGCUCCUACUACCCACUUAUUUAAUUUGUGCUACCUUUCUUUGUCUAACCUUGGCAUUAGACACGAGUUGGAUGCCAACCAAUCUUUACAACCCCACAUAGAGAAGACGGCGUUUUAUUUGCUUAUGGCCCUGGCCCUUAUUCAACCCGCUGGUGCCAAUCACAAGGCACACUUCAUUGUCAAUGUGAUGUGCUGUCUCUACGCAAACAACCCAGCAGUCAUCUCACAAACAACGAGUGCUCCUCUCUUUGAGGGACUUCACGUGUAUACAGAGACAGAAUAUAUUGAUGAUAUUCUCCAGCAUGGUGGGCUGGAAGACAGUGAGGCUCUAUCAACUCGCUUACUAAGGAAUAAAAAAAUAUCAGGACAAUCCCGGAAAGGGCUUCGGAACUCUACCAAGGAGGUGGUGUCCAGAAAGUAUGGGCUGCAGGCAUUAUUUACGGGAGCUGCAUUAUCACUGACCAAAUAUGCUGAUGCAAUCAGGGUGGCCGAUCAGGUUAGCACGGGCAGUUUUCAAGAAUUGUCUCCACAGGAUAUUAAUGCUUCGUUAGCACUACUUCUUAUAGCUGGCAAAUACGAGAAGGUCGCAAGUAUUCUUAAACUCCUGAAUAUUCCCAGUCUCUCUCUGAUAAUCGUUCAAGGUUGCUCGCUCAAUACGCAGACUCACUGCGAAAAACUUAUACGAGAAAUAGCCAUGUCUGGUGACGGUGCCCAGCAGGAAAGCGUCAGGACCCUACGUGCACAGUGCAGAGAGGUGGGGAUAGAUCCUCUUUUGUUACUCAGCGUCAUGAGUGGGCAGAUACAUUCACUUAGGAUGUACUGUACGACUGUUUUGGACUGUCUCCUGGCAGGUCUGCAUCUGUGUCCUGGGACCGUCGGAGACUCCCUGCAUCUCGCUGAGCGGCUGAGCGAACAGUGCAAUCUUCACAAGGAAUUCUCUGAUGAUCUCACCGUGGUAUUAAUGAAGCACUACGCUGGGAUCUCGUGUCUUACGUCCCUUGAACGGCAACUCAUAGACGACCAACUAGAGAGGGACAGGGAUCGGAAGUCGCAUCCGCUUGCACAGAAUGUUGCCAAUGCGGGUCCCAGCGGGUUCCAAAUGCCUCCUUUUGCUCAAUCGCAGUAUCUUAAGCUUACAAAGGCCGAUGACGAGAGCCCGCCGUCAGACCUUUUUAUCAAGCUUACCAUGGGCUAUUAUGCUUCACGAUAUAACGAGGUUCUCAUUUUCAUUGUCGUCUCCGUCUUGCUCGGGCUGGGCUUCGGACCCAAAGACUUCUAUGAAAGACAAGUUUUACUGCAACCUUAUUCGUUAGCAGCCUCUUACUAUUUGCAAAGGCACCAUGCCUAUGACUUCGCAUGCAUUCCCCUCCUCACUAUCCCUGACUCUAUCUUUGGGGCUGCGAGAAAUGACAUAUCUGCUGAGGUUUAUACUGUUUUACAGUCUUGCAUCGACAAGGUUAUUGGAAGUUAUUCUGCUAGCUCCAGGAGGAAUCAGCCCCUUGAUGCUCGCAAGCUGAACAGCGAAUACAGUAUUUCUCCUGAGCUAGUUGCUAGCGCCUUACGAAGGUAUGAGUGCUGGGUGAACAGGAGGAUUCCUGACCCCCACAUGCUCCUAGACUGCGCCCAAGUAGCCGACUGUGUAAAUUAUGUGUAA